AUGAAGAAGAAGACGAUUAACGGCAACAAAGAAAUCCCUUCUGAUAUUGUGUUCCAAGUGCUCGCUCGAUUGCCCAUUAAGGGCUUGGACAGAUUCAAGUGCGUAUCGAAAUCUUGGUCAUCAAUGAUCAGUCACCCUGAAUUCAUCAAAGCUCAUAGACCUUGCACCGGUAUAUUCAUCAAUCUUUUCCCCAUCAGCAUCCACUUAAAUUCAUCGCCGAAAGGCCUCUUUUACGCGUCCAUACAUGGGAAUGAUGAACUUGCUAGACGGUUAAGUUUGCCUUAUUUUGGUUAUGAGGAUAUUACUCCAAUUAUAAACGGGCUUGCUUGCCUUUACACGGCUCAUCAAGUUUCAGUUUUUAAUGUAACUACUCGUGAACUUAUGGCGCUUCCGGCUGAUGCACAUUAUGUUUCAUAUGCUCUCGGGUUUGAUCCUGUGGAUAAUGUGUACAAAGUGCUUAAAUUCAGUACCCUUGCCAUCAAUCAACUAGUUCACAAGAUCCUCACUCUUAAAACAAGUUCAAAAUCGACAUGGAGAUGGAGAGAAAUCUUUCAGAAAGAUUUGUCUUGGUUUCACCCAUUUCCCAAAGUUCAAAGUUACCCUGUGAAUGGUAUAAUUUAUUUCAAAAUCCACUCUCCAAGCAAAGAGUAUUUUCUCGCCUUUGAUGUCCACCAAGAGCAUUUCACAAUUCUCAACCGACCAAGGGAAGAGCAUUGCCGUUUGACAGUAUUCGGUCAAUUUGAAGGGCGCCUAGCCCUAGCACAUAAGACACAAUUUGAGACG